AUGGCGCUGAUGACACUGGCCUGGACGGCCGGCAGUCUCUAUCUGCUGACGCUUGAUCGGAAUGGCUACGUGGAGAACUCGUACUCCUGGAUGGCGCCGAUUGCCAUCUCGGUCAGCUAUGGGUAUCGCGUGUUUCUGCUCAUCGCCCUGGCGCUGGGCUGGGGUGUCUCGCGGCCGGAUCUUUCGUCGCCCGAGUGGAAGGGCUCUGUCAUCCCCCCGGCCAUUUUCGCCGGUCUCAUGGUUCUGCUGAUCUCGCCUGGCUUCAACUUCCUCACGUACUUUGUGGUCUUCCUCCUGGCACGCUUCAUGAACACAUACAGCAUGGAGACGCUGUCGCACCUUCGCCGGAUGGCCUUGCGCAUCCAGGUUCUCAUUACCGCUCGGGAUGCUGCGACCCCCAUCCAGGCGGUCUACUACCUCCGAGCGGUGGCCCUGAAGUUCAAUGCCCUCUCGCGGCUGCGGAUGAUGACCCAGGUGUACAUCUUCCUGCUUGUGCUGGCGGUCCUCAUUGGCCGGCUGUUCUUCCCCUUCUCCCAGUGGCUGGCUGUGCCGCUCGGAGGCGCGGUGGAGGCCCUGGUGGGCCUCUUCCUCUUCUGGGUCCUGCGCCUGGGACAGGCCUACCCAUCGGAGCUGUUUGUCCAUCGCCGGCGCGUGCCGCUGCUCGGGGGCCGGCAGUCGAGCUCCGGCCGGGCCGGGCCGGCGGCCACCACCACCACCGGGAGCAGCGGGGCUCGCGGGUCCGCCGAGUCGCCGCUCCUUUCGCCGAUGGAGUAUGACGACGACAUGGUUGUGGAUUUGGAACGCAUGCAGAUGAACCCGGACCUGGCGUCGUCGUCCGGUGCGCCCCGCGAGUCCCUGUCCAGCCAGCACAGUGGCCCGGCCGCGGCCGGGGUGCGGACCGGGACCGGGGAUCAUCCUGCCCGGCCGGCCGCGCCCCUGCAUCGGCUCUCCUACGCGGCGGUCUUCGAUCCGACCGGGUUUUCCUUCGACGAGGAGCCGGAUGCCCGGAUGGAGGCGCUGCUGGAGCGGAUGCAUGUGUCCUCGGCCUCGGUGCGGUCCUUCAUUCGGCCGCCGCCGCGCGGGCUGACCGCCACCGAGUUGGAGGAGCGCCGGCAGUGGCGCCUGACGCAUGGGCUUUGGGAGGAUGAGGAUGCGGAGUUCGGCUGGCAGGGCAGCGGCGACAUGUCUUCCGAUGCGGUGCUGGACCCGACGCGCGAGUCGGAGCAACGUCGGCAGUGGCGCCGGUCUCAUGGGGUUUGGACCGAGGCCGAGUCGGCCAGCCUGGCCCAGGCCCAGGUGAUUGUGCUGCCCUUCCCGCCGGCGUCGAUCCCCUGUCCGUCGGUGGGCGGGAGCCUCUGCUCGCCCGACCCGUCGACCGGUGCCGGGCUCGGGGGGCCCGGGCUUGGCGAUGUGGGGGAAGACGAGGCGGCGGCCGCCGCCGCCGGUGCCUCCAGCGAGAAGGAGCCCUGGCUGGUGUGUGCGGUGCCGGAGCCCCCUCCGCCGCAUCUGUACUGA